UUUCAGCAUCAGCGGAGGGCAGGCUGGGUCACUGCCUGUUUGCUCCUCCUCCUCGCGUUUCUCCUGCUGCCCUGAUCCCGCCUUAGCCAUGAGGGAGAUCGUGUUCAUGCAGGCCGGACAGUGUGGGAACCGGAUGGGCGUCAAGUUCUGGGAGACGAUCUCUGAUGAACAUGCCAUCGACUCCACUGGCACCUAUCAAGGGGACAACCAGGGGCAGCUGGAGCACAUCAACGUGUACUACAACGAGGCCUGCGAUGGCAGGUACGUGCCCCGCGCUGUACUGGUGGAUCUGGAGCCGGGCACCAUGGACUCUGUGCGCUCUGGGCCCUUCGGGCAGAUCUUCAGGCCAGACAACUUCAUCUUUGGUCAGUGUGGGGCUGGAAACAACUGGGCCAAGGGGCACUACACAGAAGGCGCGGAGCUGAUGGAGUCAGUGAUGGAAGUUGUCAGAAAGGAGGCUGAGAGCUGUGACUGGCUGCAGGGUUUCCAGCUGACCCACUCCCUGGGUGGGGGGACGGGGUCUGGGAUGGGUACCCUUCUGCUCAGUAAGAUCCGGGAGGAGUACCCAGACAGGAUCAUAAACACAUUCAGCGUCCUGCCCUCGCCCAAGGUGUCCACCACGGUGGUGGAACCGUAUAACGCCACCUUGUCGGUUAACCAGCUCAUAGGAAAUGCAGAUGAGACCUUCUGCAUAGACAACCAAGCGUUAUUCAACAUCUGUUCCAGGACCCUAAAACUGCCCACACCCACCUAUGGUGACCUGAACCACCUGGUGUCUGCCACCAUGAGUGGGGUCACCACGCCCCUGCGCUUCCCAGGCCAGCUGAAUGCUGACCUGCGGAAGCUGGCCAAGAACAUGAUCCCAUCUCCCCGGCUGCAUUUCUUCCUGUCUAGUUUUGCCCCACUGACCAGCCAGUGCAGCCAGCCCUACCGGGCCUUGACCGUGACAGAGCUUACCCAGCAGAUGUUCGAUGCUAGGAAUAUGAUGGCCGCUUGCAACCCCCGUCAUGGCCGCUACCUAAGGGCGGCUGCCAUUUUCAGGGGUCGCAUAACCACGAGGGAGGUGGAUGAACACAUGUUCUGCCUCCGAAAUAAAAAAAGCAGGGACUUUGCUGACUGGCUCCCCCACAACGUCAAAACAACCGUCUGUGACAUCCCCCCCCGGGGGCUAGACAGGUCAGCCACCUUCAUUGGGAACAACACGGCCAUCGAGGAACUCUUCAAGCGUGUCUCAGAGCAGUGUACAGUAAUGUUCCGGCGCAAGGCCUUCCUCCAUUGGUAUAAGGGCCAGGGGAUGGAUGAGAUGGAAUUUACUCAGGCGGAGAGCAACAUAAAAGACCUGGUGUCUGAGUACCAACAGCAUCAGGAUGCCGAGGAGGAGGAGGAGGAGGAGGAGGUGGAGGAGGAGAUGGAGGCCUAGAACUUUCCUUUUCUAGGUAUAGGGGGGAAGCAGUGUGGAUUCUUCACUGUGUUCUGACUGCCAUGUGUCACUACGCACUUGUUCGUUUGUGUCUUCACCUCUCCUCCUGCUGCAUUUCAAAACAUUUUCACAGUAUACGAUUUUGCCUAAUAAAGCAUUCUCAUAGCA